AUGGACAAAAGCAAGGUCUUGUUCACUUGUCUUUUUCUUCUUGAGAUAACCUUCUCUUAUGGAGUUAGGUCAACUGAAGGAACACAGUUGAAUGUAGAAAUGCAAACCAAAACACCAUAUCAGAGUCUUUGUGUUGGUGGGCUUGUUAGUGCAAAAGCUUUUCGACCCACUCCGACAGGAAAUAGCCUUAAUGCUGGUCAUUCUGCUCCACCUCCUUAUCAAGAUGCUGGCAAGUUUGCUGAUACCAAAGCUUUUCGACCCACUACACCAGGUAAUAGCCUUGGCGUUGGUCAUUCUACUCCACCCCCCAAUAAAGGAGCUGGCAGGCUUGCUAGUGAGCAAGCUUUUCAGCCCACUACACCAAGUAAUAGCCCUGGUGUCGGUCAUUUUGCUCCACCUCCUUAUCAAGAUGCUGGCGAGUUUGCUAAUACCAAAGCUUUUCGAUCCACUACACCAGGUAAUAGCCCUGGCGUCGGUCAUUCUGCUCCACCCCCUAAUAAGGGAGCUGGCAGGCUUGCUGGUGAGAAAGCUUUCCAACCCACUACACGAGGUAAUAGCUCUGGCGUCGGUCAUUCUGCUCCACCCUCCAAUAAGAGAGUUGGCAGACUUUCUGAUGAGAAAGCUUUUCGACCCACUACACCAGGUAAUAGCCCAGGCGUCGGUCAUUCUAAUCCACCCCCCAGUAAGGGAGUUGGCAAGCUUGCUAGUGAGAAAGCUUUUCGACCCACUACACCAGGUAAUAGUCCUGGCGUCGGUCAUUCUACUCCACCCCCCAAUCAGGGAGCUAACAAGUUUGCUGGUACAAAAACGUUUUGA